UUUGCUGAACGGGGAAAAGCUCGUCCGUUUCUCUGAAGCGGUCCUGUGAUUAACAUAGAUCCGCCCAGCGGUUAUCCAGUUACCGGCCUCUUCUAAACUAUUGGCUGCAGAGGAGCUAAUUAUGCAAGGUAGUGAAUCCCUGUAGGGGAGGUGGGGCCAACGCUGAAAGAACUCUUUUGGCAAGCAGAAUAGAGCUUUUAUUGAGGAUAUUUCUAAGCUGACCAUCAGGGACCAAAUCACUGGAUUGUUAAAUAAAAACAGCUCAGCUGAAUCACGCUGCUCCCCCUUCUUUCACCUUUUUUUCCUUGUUUUAUUUCAGUGAGACGGAGUGUAACUCAAGCAGUGCCCAGCAGCAAGCAGAAUGCAAGGAAUUUACAGUAUUCUCGUCUCACACAAGAAGCCAAGUUCACUGCUAAAGGACAAGUGAGGGGAAACGGAGGCAGAACCAGGGAGCAGUCAGGGGAGGAUCACGAGGAGGAACGCACCGUCCCGUCCCGCUCUGCUCUGCUCUGCUCUGCUCUGCACUUGUUGCCUGAGGUGUGCGAGCUCCUCCCUCCUUUCCACGCUGCUUGCUGUCAGCUCCAUCCCUGGGCGGCUGAGGCCAUGGUGCUGGUGCUGCAAGCCCUCUUGUUUUGCUUCUGCACCCUGCUGCCCAGGGUGGAACCUGCUGUGCCCUUGGAGGACUUCUACCCCUUUGGCAAGGACACGGGGGACACUCAGACCAUCGCUCAGGACGACGGAGGCUCUGGACUCCAGGAGAUCUCUGUCGCUUUCCCCUUCUUUGGCGACAAGCACACAGGACUCUAUGUAAACAACAAUGGACUUGUGUCUUUCCUGAGAGAGGUGUCUCAGUUCACACCCGUAGCGUUUCCCAUUGCCGGGGACAGGAGGGUCGUGGCGCCGUUCUGGGCUGACGUGGACAACCGACGAGCAGGGAGAGUCUUCUUCAGAGAGAGCCGGGAUCCUUCCAUUCUGAAGAGGGCUUCAGGCGACGUCAGGACGUACUUCUCAGAGUUUCCCACCUUCAACGCCACAUGGGUGCUCAUUUCCACGUGGCACGAAGUCACUUUCUUUGGAGGAAACGGCCAAACACCGGUAAAUACUUUCCAAGUGGUGCUCAUUACAGACGGAGAGAUUUCCUUCACCAUCUUCCAGUACAACACCAUCACUUGGACAACAGGCAGGCAUGCCAGCAGUGGAGGAAACCUGACUGGGAUGGGUGGGAUUGCAGCACAGGCAGGUUUUAAUGCUGGUGAUGGCACACGCUACUUCAACAUCCCUGGCUCUCGCACCACGGAUGUGGUUGGUGUUGAGGGGACCACCAACGUGGGCUACCCAGGCAGAUGGGUCUUCCGUAUAGAUGAUGCAAAUGUGGAAGUGGGUAGCUGCAACUCUGCAUCGGUGUGCCCACACCUGCGCCCGUGCCUGAACGGAGGCCAGUGCAUCGACGACUGCAUUACAGGCAACCCUUCCUUCACUUGCUCCUGCUUGGCGGGCUUUACCGGUCGCUGGUGCCAAAUCAAUGUCAACGAGUGUGCCUCAGAUCCGUGCCAGAAUGGGGGGACGUGUAAAGAUCUGAUCAGUCGUUUCAUCUGUGACUGUCCUCCUGGUUACACGGGGAUUCACUGUGAAACAGACGUUGACGAGUGUGAGGACAGGCCUUGCUUUAACAACGCGUCGUGUGUACAAGGCACCGGGAACUUCACCUGUGUGUGUGAGCCGGGUUACGUCGGUGUGGCGUGUGAGACAGACAUAAACGAAUGUGAAUCCCAGCCCUGCCAGAAUGGAGGAGAAUGCAUCGACCAGGUGGCCAGCUUCACCUGUUCGUGUCCUGCCACUUUCACUGGAGCGUUCUGUGAAGCAGAGCUGGUGAUGCCACAAAUAAAUUCCUCUGAGGCUCUAAAUCAAACAGAGGAAUGUCUUUGCCAGAACGGCGGCGUUUGUGCGGACAUCAAUGGAACCUGUGAAUGCCCCUCAGGCUACACAGGACCCUACUGUCAGUUCGAAGUGACUCCGAAGCUGUGCAGUAACAGCAGACCAUGUCCUGAUGGAAGUCCUUGUUUGGAGUACGGAGGGACCCACUUAUGUACGUGUUACACCGGGGCAGACUUCGAUCAUAUGGACUUUUACCCUUAUGUACAGCCCCAGUCGGUCUGCGACUCCUCUCCGUGUCUGAAUGGGGGGUACUGCUACGAGCGGGGUGGAGGCUACACCUGUGAAUGCAGAUAUGGAUACUGGGGGAGCCACUGUGAAAAAGUUAGACUCAGUACCUGUGCCUCCAACCCCUGCCGUAACGGAGGAUCUUGUAAGGAAGAGGCAGGGAGCUACAGAUGUGUGUGUCCUUACAGAUUCACUGGAAAACACUGCGAAGUGGGGAAACCCGACCCUUGCUCCUCCGGUCCCUGUCUGAACGGUGGGACGUGUUUUCACUACUUGGGGAAAUAUAAAUGUGAAUGCACUGAGGCCUACAGCGGCAGACACUGUCAGACAAGCAGGAGCUCGGUGCUUACUUCUGCAGAGCUGGGCUGUGGGCCGCCCCCACACGUCAAGCACGCUGAGGUCCAGUUCUCCUCUACAACGCCAGGCUCCGUCGCUGUGUACAUAUGCCUUUCAGGCUUCACAUCUGUGCCCAGAGCGACUCAGAGCAUCUGUGGCAUUCUGGGAGCCUGGAGCCAGCCACCCACCUGUGAGGAGAUUAACGAGUGCCUGUCACAGCCGUGUCUUAAUGGCGGUUCUUGUCUAAAUAAGAUUGGAUCCUAUCAGUGUUUGUGCCAGGAUGGCUUUAGUGGAAACCGCUGUCAGAUAGACACAAACGAGUGCCUGACAGAGCCCUGCAUGAACGAGGGAACGUGUGAGGACCAGCCUGGUUCAUACUUGUGUCACUGUCCUCAAGGCUUCACAGGCCAGAACUGUGAAACAGAACAGGACGGUUGUGAGUCCAGCCCCUGUCUGAACGGAGGUGUGUGUCGAGGUCACAGACAGAAUUAUGUGUGCAUGUGUAAAGACGGUUUCUUUGGGGAGCAGUGCCAGAUGUUGGAGGACCCAUGCGUGCUGAAGCCCUGUGGAAAUCGAGGCCGCUGCUGGAGCGACAGGAGAGGAAACUACAACUGUGUCUGCAAAGUAGGCCUGACUGGCAAAGACUGCGAGAGAGACCUGCUACCUCCGUCUGGUCUCCAUGUUCUGCGAGUGGAGGAGAGCAAGGUGGAGCUGCGCUGGGAUCAGCCUGAGCCUUCACAGAGUGUGAUCAGCAUGUUCGCUGUAUCCUACGCGCCCCUGGGCCAGAACGACCCCAGAACAGACUACAUUGACAGACAGCAGUCCACCCACAUCAUGCGGGACCUGGUGCCCGGUGUGCUCUACAACAUCUCCACUGUCUCCAUCAAACUCAAAACCAAUGGCAAUGACACAAGCCAGCCUGCCACUGCCCUGAUCCGCACUAGACCUCGGCGGGUGGAACAGCUGCAGAUGGUUAAUGUGUCCUCCUCCCAGGUUUGGCUAAGCUGGCUGGUCCGGGCUGCUCAUCAUGCAGCAGUCAGCAGGGUGCUCGUGUCUUUGACGCCUUCAGAGGGGAGCGAGCCUCACACUGCUGUGCUCAACGCGAGCACCACCGAGCACACUUUCAGUUUGUUGCAGGCCGCUCAGAUGUACACAGUGGACGUGUUGACCCAAAGUGGACUCAGACCAGACGAGUUUCCCUCCACCAGCCACUCGGCUGGACCUCUGCACUUCUGGACUAGACCUCAUCCCCCACAGAACCUCUCCCUGUCAACCGUCACCUCCAACUCAGCGCUGAUCACCUGGAGCCGCCAACUAAGGGGCAUCCCGGAUGGCUUUGUGAUCAACGUGACCCGAGGGCUGAACACCAGGAGUCGCUUCCUGCCCAACGGGAAGUUAGGAUCAUAUUUGCUUCGUGAGCUGACGCCAGGACAUCACUACCACGUGGCUGUCAUGGCUGUCAAAAACGCAGGCCAGGAGCAAAUUCACAGCGAACCACGACACGUAGCAUUCACCACAUUGCCAAUGCAGAUCAGACCAGGAAGGAAAGAGAGGCCCACAGUUGCAGGACAGGGGUCUCAGAGUGGACGUGUGCUUCAGUCGUCUUACACCCAAGACCUGGGAGGAACUAUAGAAACAGAGACCUCAUACGAGUCCCUCAGGUAUACUGAACUGGUUGACCGAAGAGGAAAGAUAACGGCCAAGUUCACUCACUUGCCUCGGAAAGCCAUUCGACAUCGCACAAAGCCUGAUCCACCUAUCAGAUUAGAGAAGCUGGAGGAAACGACAAACAAAAUUAGCCUUGCACUUGAAAUGGAAGAAAAAGGCUCUAAAUCACAGUCUGAGUUGUCCCAAGACUGCCGCGGUCGCUCCUGCCAGAACGGGGGCACGUGUGUGAGCGAAGGAGACGCCUUCAUCUGCAGCUGUGCAGCAGGAUUUAAAGGCAGACAGUGUGAACUGUUGUGCCAGCGAGUACCACACUCAUGUACCCGUCUCUAUUCUGAAACUAAAAGUGUACCUGUCUGGGAGGGUGGAGUGUGCCACUACCUGUAUAAAAGGACCUAUAAAAUACAACAGGAUGUUUGCUAUCGAGAGAUUUGUGAACCAGUGCUCCCCAAGAAAAGUCAAACCAGAAGAAGAACCAGACAACAGUAAAGUGCAUCUGGAUGCUGAAAUAAAGACUGUCAUCACUGGCAUGUAAAAAAAACUCCUUUCUUAAUUUGUGGUGUAUAUAAUCUACUUGAAACAACGGACUGAGAUAAUUUUUGUGCUGAGAAACCCUGUCAAGACCCACUGUAACACAUCAGAAACAGUCCUGGCUGAAUCUGAACGCUUCCUCCUCAGAGUCGUAUGAAGCUCUGUGCUUCAUGUAAGCAAUGAAAGGACAAAUGAGCCACAUCAACCAGAAUGUUGCUGGUUUUGAGCAAAUAUUACGAUGCAGCAUAAGAGACAUUAUAUACCUCAUUUUCAUGUCCAUGCUGACACAUCAGGAGAGGCUUCUUUUUGUGGUUUGUCCCCUCAGGGAAAUUGUUGUAAUGCACUUAGAGUCCCUGUUGUUUCUCUUUUUGAAGUAAAUGAAAUAAUAUUAAUAAUAAUAAUAAUACCAACUCCACAGCCCAUGAAUUGAUCUCAUGCUCCGAUGAUGGGGCAAAGUGUUCGGAGUAAAAUAUCUUACUCUGUGUCUUAGCACACAUCACUGCUUGCUACUCUGUAAAUAGUGUUUAUAGGUCAUUUUGUAGGUGAAUAUUUUAAUAAUAAAAAUGAUAAAAUACUUUUA